GGAGGAACAAGCGCGGCUUCAGCCAUUCGUGGGUACAGUUGCGCCGAGCGUCUCGGGGGCGCCGUCUGGGCGGGAGCCGGGGCUUCGGAGCCGUCACGUCUCCAGGACCGCCCGCGCCUGCUGCUGGUAGAACGAGCUCCUUGUGUGAAGGCUGUGAUUAUCCGGGAUGUGUUUGCAGGAUGGUGGAAAAGGCGGUGAAGAAGCUGACCCUCCAGGUGCCCACAGCUCUUCCCUGGGGACGUGUUUGGGGUGCCGAGACCUAUGAGACCGUCAACCCAACAGAGGGAAGUGUGAGGGCACUUCCUGCACUCCCUCCUGCGCUCCCUCCACCUUCCCCCUCCAAGGCCUCCUCUCUCAUCUACUGCUCCACCCGGUGUCUGGGGAUCCUGGCUUAGGGGGCCUCUAUUUGCACACAGAAUGGUUGCGGUCAGAUUCCAGUCCUCCCUACGGGGAUGGCCCAGAGCGGAGCUGGAGCAGGGAGGCAGGAGGAUUCCAAAGGUCUGGAGCCUGGUUCAGAGACUGGGAGGAGAGCUAACAUCCCCCGUGGAAGAAAUGAAGCCAUUCUCUCCCCCUCCCCGUGUCAACAGUAACCUCAGCAUGGGCCUUACCUUCUUGAAUAUGUGACACCCCACUGUUGGGAAUUCUGCCUUGAAUCCCAUGUUUGUCAGACUUUCUCGACCUUGACCCUUUUAUGUCAUGACCCAGUACGCGCAUAUUGCAGUCUCACACACGUACACACACACACACACACACACACACACACAUGCCUACUUGGAACAACACUUCCUCCUACAGGUGCAUACUUAGUUCUCCAUUCUGCCCUACAAAUAGCAUCCCUCAGGGCCUGCGGGAAGCACAUAGCACACUCAACUGGGUCACUUGAAGGGAGUUUAAAGAAAAUAAUUGACAAAGGGAUAGACCGGGUGUGGGGACACAGACAAGGGGAUGCAGUGCCCUCAGGCAGAAACAUGAGCUGUUACCACCUUGAGGCCUGUUUGGGGAAUCCCAGGAGGGAAGCUGUCUGGACAGGGUUGCCUGGGUGCUGGGCCCUUGGGCGGGGAGGGUGUACCAUGCGGGUGGUAACCAGCAGGGUCCUGGCCUUGCACCUCCCACUUCUCUCUCCUCCUGGCUUUCCUUUGGCCAAGCCCAGGUGUCAGGAGGUAUGGGAGCCUGCACUAUAGUGCCCAUGGGCACUGCUGGACCCAGAGCAAGGAUGGGGACAGGAAUGGUCCUGUCAUCUUCCACAUGUAGACUGUUUCACUUAAGAAGUAGUCUUUCUUCCUAGGACUUACCAAAUUAAUCACCUUCUGCUCUUGGUUUGACAAUUUUAAGCUGAUCCUCAGCCUCAAGGCUGCAGCCUGAGUCUGUUUCCCUUUCUGGGCUCAGCGGGCAACUGAAAAGAAGGGUCCUGGUAUGGAGAAACGCGAACAAGCCUCUUCGAAGGUCCCUGCCUUUCCUCAUUGUGCACACCCUUCCAGGGCCCUCCUGUUCACCUGCUGUCCCCACUGAGCCAGCCCAGUUGGCCAGGGAGCAGCAGUUUGAGGCAUCUGUGUACCAGCGUCCGGGGAGGGCUUCAUGGCGCUGUUCCACCACGGGUCAUCUGCCAGGUGUCCCUGGCCCAGGUCGGCGAUGUUGACAAGGCAGUGAUGCCACUAAGGGUGCCUUUGAGAUUGGAUUGUGGGGGAAGAUCAGUGCACGGGAUUGAGGCCGGCUCCUAUACAGGUGAGAGCCCCACAACCUCCUGUCAGCUACCCCACCUUUUGUUUGGGCUGGAACUGCAUGCUUGGGUUUUGCCAGGUGUAAGUUGGGGUCCGAGACAGGUUGUGCAACCGAGGCCUGAGACUCAGAAAAGGCUUCUCAGAGGAAGUGACUUGAGACGCAGGAGGGAUGUCACAAGACGCAAGUAGCCUUAAGGGAAAACUGUCCUCAGGGGAGGGAACAGUGUGAUUAACGAUGAGGCACAAAAGUGGAGGUGCUAAUCAGAUGGGAGCAGUAAACUGGCAAAGCUAACAGAUAGUCCUGGGCAGUCUCGGACAUGUUCACCACUUCCCUGAGUGGACUGGACCAGAGGAGAGAUCAGGGCUAUUUUAUGUAGAAGCCAGUGACAGAAGCACGGGCUCCGUUCUUCCCGGUGGUCCUCGCUCAGACCUCCCUGACUGCUGGAAUCUCCCAUUUUCCUUGUUUCCUAAAACCAGGGAGGAAGGGGCUCUCUCCCCUUAGCUUCAUCAGAACUAUUAGGGAAGGACGUAGAGUUGAUCCACUUAGGACCACGGGGUGGGAGUGCGGCCUGGAGGGGAGAUACUACUCCCCUAGAAUCAGGUGGUCCCAGUGGGGGAGGAGCGGUUGCCCCCCAAGGAACUGGUGUGAUGUUUUCAGUAGGGAGGGCGCUGCACAGAGGAGCUAGGCAGUGUCGAAAAGCCUAGUGAACAAGCCAGUUUCAGGAGCCUGACUUCUAUGCUCUGGGUCCUGGGGAAGCUGUCAGGCAUAGAGGCUGGUCAUGAUGUGGUCCAAAUGUACUUGUCAUCUGGUGGGAGAGAGGCCCCACCUUGGCCUUGCAGUCAGAAUGCCAUUUUUUUUUUUUCCUAUUCAGAGGCCAGAAACACCAGGACAGCCUCCAGCCUCCAGAAACACCUGGACACCCUCUCCAGGCCCAGAGAGAGGGGCCUGUCUAGUUUCAAAAUGGGUUAGAGAUGGUGCAGGUUGGGGCAGGCAAGGGUGCACCCAGCCUGCUCUAAGGCAAGCUAGUUUCAAGACCCCUUGAAGAGCCUGUCAAUUUUAGGAAGCCGUUGCCUAGUGACCUAGUGCCCCCAGUUUAGGCAAAAGUGAACCAUGCAAGCCCAGGCUGGUGAUGCCGAGAGAAGCCUUCUGGCCCUGAAGCAGGGACUCCAGAGGUGGAUGUUUGCGGACCCAAGAGUGUUUCCCUUGAGCAGUUCUGCUGCCAUCUGGUGGCUUAUGUCAUAAUAACACCACCAGCGACAUGAUAGUGAAGGGUUGAGUCAGUCCCUGCACAGCUCUAAGUAGAGACCUGGGCUGCUUUGACAGACAUCUCAAGCCCAGACCUGAGGGCUCCCAGGAACCUGGUCCUGCCUCAUGCAACCUCCCAGUCCCCAUGGUGGAGGUUUGCCCAUUGCUGGCUCGGGAGGGAGCAGCCCCUGGUUCAAUGAGGAAAAUAGACCACCACGGAUGCAUAUUAUGGAAGACAGAAUACAUGAUAGGGUUGAGACAUUAUGCAAUUGUGGGAGACACUAGGAAGAGAGGUCCAGAAAAGAGUGUUAGAGAAAGUCACUAGACAGGCCCCAAGAACCACUGAGGGAGAAGAUAGAGCCUCUCGGGAACCUAGAGGCCAAUGUCCACGGCUGCCAGAGUGGGGCCACCGAGAGCUGGUGGCGGAGUCUGUGGGAAGCUGUCAUCUUUUGUUUAGACACUUCCUUAGGUCCACAGACAAGAAUCUGGUGGUGACCCAGGCUGCUGGAAGUGAGGCUGAGCCUGUGUGGCAGCCCACACUUGCCCUUCCUCAUGGCUGUCCUGAGGACCUCUGGGAUGAUGGUGGGUGCUUCGCUGCCCUCCCCCCUGGUGCUUUCUGGGGACAGGAUGCUGGAGGCAGAGGUACAGCUCAACGAAGUUGACAAUGAACAAUCCCACUCAGUUCUCCUCCCCGAGCCUCCCAAAUGGCGUGCUGAGGUGAUAGUUACUUCAGGGCUUUGUGACCUGGCCACAUCACAUGCAGGUGACGUUGUCUGGCAGAAUUGGAGGGAUUUGGGGCUGAUCGAGGGACAAGAUAGGACUAUGAGAAGUAGAAAGCACAACAGGCUUCAGGAGGCGACACCCCCAUAGCGGGAGACCCUCCAGAGACUGUAGCGGGGCGGUCUCUACUCAGAACGGGAAGGGUGCAAAGGAACUUUUGGAGGCUGGGUGAUCAGAGAGGGGGGGCUCCCGAGUCCUGGCAAUGUUGCUCAGCAGCAGAGCAGGGAUCUUUGGGUCAGAGGGCUGGGAAGGCAGCAGCUGUAAGCGCAUUGUCCAUCUCUCCAACGAUAAUAGCUGUCAAGCGGGGGAUGCAAAGCAAGACGACUUUAAAUAGCUAAGGUCUGCUUGUUUGGGCUACGUUUCAAAUAAUUGGAGACAUAAAUGUGUAUCCAGCAAGCUUUUAAGCUGACAGGUCUCACCCUGCAGUGAAGAGCUGAACAACUAGAGGCCAAUUCACAAAGACCAACUGUGGCUUGUUUAUAAUACAGAUUUAUACCUGUGACACAUCUGUUUUCCUGGUUGAUACAACCCUAGUCUUUGAAAUGCCACCACAUGGUGUUUUUGUUAUUUGGUCUGUAAUGCUUCUCAAAAACUGAUUUACACCUUGGCUAUUCUUAACUAGAGAAUUCCCUGGAUGUGUCACUGUCUGAAGUAACCAUGUGGCUAUGCAACUAGAUUGCCUGUGUCUGUUAGGCCCACAGUGUCACCCACAAGCCUUAUGCUGCAUACUGACUGUGUGCCCAGUGGCUGUAGGAGGUCCGUAGGGAGCAGGAGACCAAAUCCUGUCCCAGGCCUCAGGGAGAGCCAAAUAGUCCUGGAAUAGUCGACUAAGUGACUAUCUGUAACAGUCAUGCAAGGUUUGAAGACAGGUAGAGGUUGCUAUCAGGACACUGGAGGGAUAGGUUAUUGGUGUAGAGUGGGCAGGAAUUAGGGUUGGCUUCCCAGGCAGUGUGAGUGUGUACUUGGGGUGUUUAGGCCAGGCCAUGGCUGAAUGCAGAGAGGAGCUGGUCAGCAGUCUUUCGUCCCAGACUUCUCUCUGGGCCAGAGCUCUCCCAUGUACAGGUUUGAGAGCCGCUCUGGGUCUGAGGCCUCCACCUUCCUCGGGGCACCCUGUCCCCUGAGCACUCUGCUCUUUGGGCUCCUUUAUAUCAGAGAAGGGGGCAAAGAUCUAAUUCCCAGGCUGUCCACAGAAGCACACCCACCGGAAUCACAGGAGGGCAACUGGAUUGCAGAGAGCUCACACUUCAGGAGGGCGCGGUGUAGACGAACCUUCCCUUGAAUCUCUCCCAUCAUCCCACCUCUCCCUCCCCACAGAUGCCAUCCUUGGGGGCACGCUCCACUGGAUCUGCUGGUGCUUGAAGCUGGACAUGCUUUCCUCUGGUCAAGGCUGUCCAAAGACAGAGGGGGUGGCCUUUUUGGAUGGUGACCUCCUUAUCCCCUCCGCCACCCCUUGGCCAGGUUGGCGGACCUCGUGGAACAGCAGCAGGAAGAACUGGCCACCAUGAAGGCUCUGGAUGCAGGCACUGCCUUCACACUGGCCCUGAAGACCCACGUGGGCACGUCCAUCCAGACCUUCCGCUACUUUGCUGGCUGGUGCGACAAAAUUCAGGUGGGGCUGAGGCUCUUGCCCACCAAGUGAGAGCUCACACAGGCAAGCUGGACUCAGCUGGAAACUCUAGGGCAGUGUGUUAGCCGAAAGGCUGCACAACAAAUGACCCCAGUUUAUUGGUUUACAACAACCAUCAGCUCACAUUUCUGCAGAUGGGGCGUUCAGGCAGGCUUGGCUGGGUUCCAUGCCAGGAUUUCACAAGGUCAGUGUCAAGGUGUAGCCAGGCUGGGCUUUAUCUGGAGCUCUGGGGAGACCCUGCCUGCAGGCCUGCCUCUCUCAGGUGUUGGAGAACUCAGCUCCUGUUGUUGUGGGACUGAAGGUCCAGGUCCUUGCUGGCUGCUGGCUGAGGCUAACGCAGGCCCUGCUCUGGCCUCACUCUGGCCCCCUACUCCCCUUGCCUUUCUCAGGCUUGGCAUCCUUCCGAUUCUCUUAAACUGGAGAAAACUCUGCCUUUGUGGAGGCUCCCGAGGUCAUGCUGGGGCCAUUUGCAUUGUCUCCCUAUCCUAAGGUCAACUGUGCAAUCCUGCAUCUUUGCAGAAGGGGUAGCUCCCCACGUCCUGGAUCCCAGGGAUCAGUGACCUUGGGAGCCAUCUCCAGAGGUUUGCCCGCCGGAGGCAGGGAUGGGUCACCCCUUCCCCAGAGAUACCCAUCACCAACAGGUUCAUUGGGGUCUCUGCCAGAAACGCCGCUUAUCCUCUCCAUGGGGCUGAGAGCCGCAGGCCAAGCACAGUCUGGCUGCCCAGGGGGAAGGGGGGAAGGACACCAUGGAGCCCCCUACCAGUGACUCCCCUUGCUUCUUCCGGUCCUCCACCAUCCCCAUCAAGCAGGCCAGACCAAGCCACAACCCGGCCUUGACCGGGAAGGAGCCUAUUGGGGUCUGUGGCAUCGUCAUCCCCUGGAACUACCCCCUGAUGAUGCUCUCCUGGAAGACGGCCGCCUGCCUGGCUGCUGGGAACACAGUGGCGAUCAAGCCUGCCCGGGUGACUCCACUCACAGCCUUGAAGUUUACAGAUUUGACCUUGAAGGCUGACAUGGCCAAGGGCGUAGUCAACAUCCUCCUCGGAUCUGAGCAGAAAGAAGAUGUCUACAAAGGUUUCUACAAGUGCACCCAUGGUCCACCUUCAGCUUCACUGUCCUGUGACGCCCUCACAACCCUGUUUCUGGCUUUUCAGUGAUAUCUAACUGGGCAAAGAGGGAAGAAAGGAGAGCCUAAGAGGACCAUGUGGGAGGCUUAUGCACACCUGGAGGUGACAUCAGGACUUCCACCAUAUUCCAUAGGUAUGAACUCAGCCCCUUGGCCCCCGGGUGCCGGGAGGCAUGGAAGAUGUAGUUGCUGUCCAGAAACAUCUCUACCCUGUAGAAGGUGGACAGCUAGCCAUCUCUGCCACCAGUCCUACAUGAGAAAAGCAAAUCAGGCAUAUAGGUACGUUGGAGACAUUGUAAAAAUUUACCCAGGGGCACCUGGGUCGCUCACUCAAGUGAGCAUCGGCGUCAGCUCAGGUGAUGAUCUCACGGUUCCCACGAUGUGGGAGUUCGAAUCCCACAUCGGGCUUAUUGCUGUCAGUGUAGAGCCCACUUGGGCUCCUCUGCCCCGCUCUCUAUCUGCCCCCUUCCCUUUGAUGCUUUCAAUCUCUCAAAAAAUGAAUAAACACGUAUUUAAAAAAUUAUCUGUGAAACUAUAAAAUUUUAUCUACAUUUUAUAUUGGUUGUAACCAAACAAUGGAGAUAUGGGUAAAGCAUCAUUCUCCAACACCUCUCUCUCUCUCUC